UUGUGCCAAACAAGUAACACUGAAGACUGUUCUUGGGGAAGCAUUGGGUUAUGGUCCUCAACUAUCUGACCAUAUGAUAUUAGAUGCUGGUCUAGCUCCAAAUACAAAACUUUCUGCAAGUAACAAGCUAGAUGAAGAUGCAAUACAGGUUUUGCUUGAGGCUGUCAAAAGGUUUGAAGAUUGGCUACAAGACAUUAUUUCAGGUGAAAAAAUUCCAGAGGGGUACAUUUUGAUGCAAAAGGACAAUGUUGGCAGAAACAGUGCACCAUCUGAAUCUGGUGGUCAUAUCAAGAUGUAUGACGAGUUCUGCCCAAUAUUGUUAAACCAGUUCAAAACAAGGGAACAUGAGAAGUUCGACACAUUUGAUGCAGCACUAGAUGAGUUUUAUAGCAAAAUUGAAAGUCAACGAUCAGAGCUUCAGCAGAAGGCAAAAGAAGACUCUGCUGUUCAAAAAUUAAAUAAGGAAAGCCGUGUGCUGAAGCUUAGGAAAGAAGUCGAUCAAUUUGUUAAAAUGGCAGAACUGAUAGAGUACAACUUGGAAGAUGUUGAUGCUGCGAUCCUUGCUGUUCGUGUUGCUCUUGCCAAAGGAAUGAGUUGGGAGGAUCUUGCUCGUAUGGCAAAGGAAGAAAGGAAAUCAGGGAAUCCUGUGGCUGCGCUUAUUGACAAGCUUCAUCUUGAAAAGAACUGCAUGACAUUGCUGUUGAGCAACAAUCUUGAUGAUAUGGAUGAUGAUGAGAAGACUCUUCCAGCAGAUAAGGCUGUCAUGGAAUUUUAUUCGAGCUGUUAGGAAUCUUUGUAAUUGAUGCUUUUUCUAAUUAAUAUGUUAUGACCAUCUGCUAUAGGCUGUUUCAACAAAAUAUAUCUAGUUGUUGACAUGUUUCCACUAUCAGGUAGAAGUUGAUAUAGCUCUUUCUGCUCGUGCCAAUGCUCGUAGGUGGUAUGAAAGAAACUAAGCAGGAAAAGACUGUUAAAGCACAUGAAAAAACUUUUAAAGCAGCUGAGAGAAAGACUCGUAUUCAGCAUUCUCAGGUAGCUGCCUAUUUUGAGAUUUCAGCUAUUUACAUCUAGCCUUUUCUUCAUAAGACUGUAUGUGAUGUUGAUUUAUGGGUAAUCUAUAUGCAGGAGAAAUCUGUUGCUACAAUAUCGCAUAUUCGGAAAGUUCACUGGUUUGAGAAAUUUAAUUGGUUUAUCAGCAGUGAGAACUAUCUAGUUAUUAGUGGCCGUGAUGCUCAACAGAAUGAGAUGAUAGUGAAGCGUUACAAGUCAAGGGGAGAUCUGUGAGUGUGCUUUUCAUCCUAUUCAAGUUCCUAAAUGGGAUAAAUGUUUAAGCUUUUUAUUGUUGGACAUAUAUUAUGAAGUGAAGAUAUUUGAAAGCAAAAGAAAAAAUGUUACUCAGUUCCCCUGUUGAACAGGUAUGUUCAUGCUGAGCUACAUGGAGCUUCUAGUACAGUGAUCAAGAAUCAUGGGCCUGACCAAGCAGUUCCUCCUUUGACUUUAAAUCAAGCUGGAUGUUUCACUGUAAGCUGUGCUUCCUAAGUUCUAUGAGGUGUGUUUGUUUCAGCUUUAACCCUAUACCCAUAACUUGGGAAGAACAAUUUAAAGUGAAUUGAUGGGAGACAAACAACACUAAUUUGAAAAUACAACUGUUUGUGCCUGGAUCGUCCCAGGCAGUUGUGUGAGACUCCACGACCUCUGGCGGCUUCAGUAGAUGGAAGGCGGUCUCCUUGAUCCUACAAGAAAGGUCCUCAGGUAUAACCUGGGACCUCCUCCGAUGCCUAAGUUAGAGAGAGAAGUGAUGAAUGUAAAUAAGAGAGAGAAUUCGGU